GUUCUUUCUCAGCAGUAUUUUGAAGAAACGAAGAUAGCUAGCUAGAGAAGUCCCUGAAACCAUCAAUAAGGUGAAAAAUAUAGUUAUUUGCAAGAAAAUGUUUUCUUGGUCACUACACAAAAAGUAUACAAUCGACAACGUAAUUAUACCUCCAAGUGACAUUGUUGCUGGCCGUGUGAUACACACUGUCACUGCUUGCUACAUUGUUGCUAUCCCGGCUUUCGCACUGUGUGGAGUGGAGAUCAUAUUCACCAUUUGUUUUCUAGCUUGCUCUACGUUUUGUUGCUAGUAUAAGCAUUGUGAAAAAUCGGAUAGCUUACUUGUUUCGAUGUCAGCAGGAAACAGAUCAUGGGAGAGAAUAUACAGAAUGGGAAUUGUGAAGCUAGCCGUGUCCAUAAAUAACAGUUCAUGACAUGUCAAUAAACACUUGUGUCUUCGGGAUAUAACUGUUAAAAUACCUGUAUUUUUCAUUCCUAGAACUUCUUUUUAAUCGGGGAAGGCUUGAUCUUACAAUUCCAGGAAAUGGAUGGUAAGGGAUACAACUCGUGUGUCUGUGUUGGGGGGGGCAUAAUCAAUAUAUGGCUUGAUCAAAACAAAACUCUAUAACACUGUGUGUGUGUGUCAGGCGACGAUGACCUGGACCUUCUAACAGCGCUGCUGGCUGAGAACGAGGCUGGAGAGGAGCAGCAGGCUAGCCAGGAAGCAGAGGACAACCUAGAUGACCUGUUUGACAACGAUGAUGAUGAAGAGUACAGGGAGGGACUUGAAGAAGAGGGGGGAGAGGGAGGAAGAGGAUGGAGCCGUUGCUCUCUUUGGAGAUGUGGAUGGCAUUGAAGAGGAGGAAGAAGUUAAAACACAGCCGUCUGGAGGGAAAGCUCCUGACAACCUCAAUAAAUCCCAAGAAGAUUUACAAGGUUUGUCCACAAGGAGUUCAGUACCUUAAAAUGAUUUUGAUAGCGCUACAGCAUAGCAUUAACUCCUAUAGUAUGUAUACAGUACAUUUUUCUAAAAUGCAGAUACCUAUUCUUAAAGUAUGGCAGCUUCACACGCUGUCUCCUUUGCUUUUUAAUUCAUGGCAGCUUUCUGGUUCUAAUCUUAUUUGGUUGUGUUUCUGUGUGUUCUCAGAGGAGCUGAGGCGUAUGCAGGAGCAGAUGCAGAGGCUGCAGCAGCAGCUAGAGGCCUCCCAGAAGAGCUCUGCAGCCACCUCUACCCCAAACAGGGUCCCAGGAACAAAGACACCUUCUAAACCUAACACUCCCUCACAGGGUCCCCCCAAGCAGAGCUCCUCCAAGCCAGUUCGUCCCACACAGAAGACCAAGCCCCAAGCAGGUAUUGCUUUCAUACGUUUUUUUAGCCUAGGUAGUUCCAUUGAGUUUCAGAAUGUAUUCAAAUCAAAUCAUCCUAGACUGCUACAUAUUACACAAUCCUUAAGUCAAAGCUGACCAUACAGGAACACCAUACAGGAACACAGUAGUGACUUACUAUGUCAUGUAAGGAGCAUCUGUGUGUAAAGUGUAAUAGGCGAGGGUGGUGCCUGUGUAUGUGUGUUUUGAGGCAUCUCUUCAUCUGUUGUUUUUGACAGUAGGAAAGCCCUCGUCUGCCCCAGACAGAGGAGACAGUACCAAGCUACAGGAGUCCUCCGACUUCACCACUCAACUCAACAACGCUGACCUGUUCAAGCGCAAAGGUCAAAGGACAGCUCACCAGGUCCAACCCAGCACUACAGCAGCUGCUACAGACAGCAGAGGUCCAUUGGUGGAGAUUAAGACUCACAGCUCCUUCCAGCCAAUUGCAAGCAGUAGUAAGACCAACAGUACUGUACGUUCUUCACUACCUUCCCAGUCCAAUGCGGCUGCAGCCCUGUCCGCCGUACGACACGCCAAUCCCCUUCCAUCUCUCCCUAAAGACGUCGCCAUCGAGAAGUACUCUGGACUGCGGCUGAGGUCAGAGCGCGCACACACACCUCUUUCGCACACACACUCAUCUACCUAUAACACGCAUAAGCGCUACAAGGUUUCUUGUCUGAAGCUCAGAUCUGGAUUCUGAUUGGUUCAUUGGUUUCAGGCGACCACGCGUGUCCUCCACGGAGAUGGAUCGUAAGAUGGCCGACCGCAAGCUGAUUCGGCUCUCCCAGUUGCCUGAGCGCCUGGCCCGGGAGAAGCUGGAGGAGAGUGACUGGGUCACCUUCGCUGUGCUGGUCAACAAAGCCACACCGCAGAGCAACAGCAGUGUAAGACCAGAAUUACCCCCGCUAUACUGUAUACCAACAUACAACUUCAACAUCUACAGUAGGUCAAUGAUCAUUUGGUUUUAUAGACAUGGACACGCAGUACUCCAGAAGUAUGUAAGGUUGACCAAUGUUUAUUAAAAAAAGUCAUUGACUUGACAAGAAGUGGGCCUACCUGUAUUCAUUUCAUAUUGGUCAGAGAUAGCAGCACUAAGACUUGUCUCCCUCCCUCCCCUCACAGGGUAAGACGUUCAGCAUCUGGAAGCUGUCUGACCUCCAUGACCUGGAAGUGUACGUGUCUCUCUUUCUGUUUGGGGAGGUGCAUAAGGAGCACUGGAAGACUGAGCCAGGCACCGUCAUGGGCAUCCUCAACCCCAACCCCAUGAAGGCCAAAGACGGAUAUGACGGGGUGAGUGUGUGUGUCUGUGUGUUUACUUUCUCUGUAGUGUGUGUGUGUGUGUGUAAGUGACAUCCAAGGCGUUCGCACCAUCUCUCUCCUCUCUUCUCCCACCCCUUCUCUGUCUUUCUCUCUCCCAGGUGUCUCUGUCAGUGGACCACCAUCAGAAGGUGUUGCUGAUGGGGGAAGCUCAGGACUAUGGCACCUGUAAGGCAGCCAAGAAGAACGGAGACCCCUGCUCUCAGAUUGUCAACCUGGUGGGUUUGCCUUUACAUCCAGAAACACACACAACCUGAACCCCUCAACAGCUCCUCCAUCCACUUGCUAACACACACUGACCCUCAGAACCGACCUAAAGGCUGAUCGGUGUCAUUCAUAUCUACUGUAUCAGUCAUAUACUAUCACCAAAUAGAGAGUAGGAGUAGGAGUGUAGGACUGUUCUCAUGUGCUAUCUCUCUCUCUACAGUAUGAGUGCCAGUACUGCCAGUAUCAUGUCAAGGCCCAGUAUAAGAAGAUGAGUGCCCAGCGGGCCGAGCUGCAGUCCUCUUUCUCAGGGAAGGCCACGGGGAAGGUCAAGGGGAAGGUCAACAGCCUGAAGGAACGACUCUGUCAGACCGGCUUCCACUACGGAGGCAUGUCCUCACCAGCCUGCGCUGCCGCACUGUGAGUGUGUGUGUGUGUCAGUGUGUGUGUCGGGAGUGAAUAUUGUGUGCAUGUGUGUGUUGGUUGUUCAGUGUGUUUGCCUAUGUAGGAUAUUUUUCAUUUAAACGUUUCAAUUCGCUAGUCCAUCGAGCCAUCUCCCGCUAGAAUUAACGAUAUGCAUCUUCUAGUGAUCUAUUGAUAGGAUAGGCGCCUGUCAGUCACAAAGCGAGCGACGACAGGGAAAUGCAGUCUGCUUUCUGUCCCGCCUCCUGGUACAAUAUGUGCUCACUGUGGUUGGUUGCAGUCACAUUUCUUUACACAGAGGAGGGAGAGAGCAUGAUGCUCGUGAAUUUGCACGUCCCAUGUAAUGUGUAAGUGGUAACGAUGAGUUGAAAUCCACUUAGCCAAAAUAUUGUUUUCUGGCACAUUCAUUUAUUUUCUUUUGCGUGUUUCACAUAGCCAGCCACGCGGAGUCUGGGCGCAUAGGCUAUUUACUGUGCUUUGAUUGACAACUGAACAGCAAGUGUUGACUAGUUUAUAAAAGGUGUCGAACUGAUUGAAUAAAGUAGAUCUCCUAUAUCAUGCAAUGUGGUUAUAUGUCCAUGGUAUCGCAUCGGACAAGUAAACCAAAGGGUUUCCUUUGCUAGGAUGUCGGGGCUUGCCAGACAGUGAGGCUAAAGUGAGUGAGUCUCAUCUCGUCAGUCAGUGUAGCCUGCCCAAUGGCAUCGGUGAGAGAGUUGUUCAUUUGGCUCCCUUAUUUGCAUAGACUACUGGUAUGCCUAGGCUUUUUGGCGAUUAUCUGCAGAUCAUUUAUGAAAACAUUUGAUGAAGAUGGUGAAUCAUCACUGCAAGAACGUAAGGUAGUGGAGAGCCUCAUUCUGGUCCACAUAUGAUAACUAGGGCCCUCACGGAAUUGAGGCAUUAAAACGGAAUUCAACAAUAUUUUAAAAUGUAUUGACCAUAGUAUGGAAUCAUCUAAAUGUAUUGAACAUGUAUUAAUUUGCCCAUGUUGAUCAUAAUACAUGAACAGAAUGCAAUACCACAACACAUUUUUCUAAUCUGGGAGGUAAACUCAAUAAUGUAUUCGAUCAUUUGGCUGUGUAUUUCAGGUGGAAUCAAGGCAUUAGACUGUACCAGAGUCCACCAAAAUAGAGCUCCUUCGGCAAAACAUGUAGAACCCUGGAUGGUUACUUUUUCUAUUUGGCUGGCUACUCUAUGUAGUUGUGGAAAACACUGCUCUAAGUCUUUGUCUGCACUGUGAGUCAGUAUGUGUGUUGUUGUAUUGUGUUCACGUAUGUACAUCUCCAUUCCUGUCUAGGUCUGCGUCUGGCCCUAAGAAGCCCACCCAGACCACUCUAGGGAACCUGUUUGUGAAGGGAUCAAACCAGCUGGCCAACCAGGCCAAGAGACUGGGUAAGACUGGGGGAGAUGGAGGGACUGUAACGGAGGGACUGAGCGGGGGCGAGAGAGGUUUAAGACUGGUGCUCUUUCUUAAUGUGUUUGAUUGUUUUUUAGCCAUGAAGUCUAACGAGGUGUCUGGCUGCUCAGACGACUUCAAGGACCUGUUAUCCAUGCCUACCCCGGGAGCCCUCCAACUAAAGAGACACCUCACCAAACCCCCAGGUAACUGGCUCACUCAAGCAGACCAGACCAAACCCAUGAACACAUCAGAUGGGCGAUCUGGAGACUAGAGAAAGACAGGAGAUCUUUUAAAAGGACAAACUUGGUGUGUAUUCUCCCUGCUUGUCAGUGCAUUAGAAUUACUGUAUAUCAUAUUUUUCUCUCUUUACCCCCCUUUUUCUCUCUUCUUCCACCUUCUCUUCCUUCCUCCCUCACUCCCCCAGGUUCCAAGGGCUCGGCCGGUGCAGGGGUCCAGUCCAUCUCUGCCUCUGACCUCCUGAAGCAGCAGAAACAGCAGCAGAAGCAGCUCUUAGAGAACCGCAGACGCCGGGCAGAAGAGAUCCAGCAGAGGGUCCUCCAGAACUCAGGCAGGGCGGGGGUCCCCGGGGCCUCUCCCCCAUCUAGGGGGGCCCUCCUGUCCCCCAAAUCUGCCUCAGAGGUCCCCAACGCCACCCAGAGCCCCGCCGCCCCCCACACUCCAACACUGGGGAGGGGUUUCAACGAGGGAGAUGAUAUCUUGUUCUUUGACCACACCCCUCCUCCACCCCUGGCGGCACACAGCCUAUCAGCUGCCAAGGUAAGUGGUGCUCGUCCUAUCACAUGCUUUCAUGCUUAGCGUACACUGUUGCGCUGUUGAUUUGACUGUAGAAUGUGAUGUCUCCUUCUCGCUAGUUGGCUGCUCUGAAGAAGCUGAGAGUGAAGGGGGCUGGGCUGGCCAAAGAAGACCCCAACGCUGUGAAAAGGAAGAGGAGAAACAGCACUGACAUCACCACCAGGGUGCAGAAGAACCUGUCCUCGCCCGACGGUACACACCUUAGCACACACACACACAUACACACACACACACACACACACACACACACACACAAAGAGAGUCCCUGUUCUUACCCAUCCUCUGUGAUCUGCCUCUGUACAGGUGAACAGUCUGGGGCCACGGAGGAGGAGCCAGCCCAGAAGAAGAGGCGGGAACAAAUGGACUACGUCCAAUCAGAGGAGUUCAAGAAGAUCCUCAACACCAAGUCCCGCCACGGGGCCGAGCUACAGGCGGUGAGUCAGCAAUUCCGUAAACAUAGCAGCCUAGUGUAACUGCUCCCUUUUCUGAGUAACAGUGUAAUAAAUCCCCCUUAUCUCUAGGCUAGUGUUAUAAUAGUUCCUCUCUCCUUAGGUUAGGCAGAGUACCAGCUGCAGGAGAGCUACUUUGACCGCCUGGUGUAACAAUGUAAUGAUUCCCCCUUUCCCUAGUCCAGGGUAAAUAGUUCCUAUCUCUCUCUUUAGGCAGAGUACCAGCAGCAGGAGCGCUACUUUGAGCCCCUGGUGAAGAAGGAGGCGAUGGAGGAGAAGAUGAGGAACAUCAGAGAGCAGAAGUGUCGAGCCGUCAGCUGUAAAAAGGUCAGUGUCCAAUCAGAGGUCUUAUUCACUACUGUCAUUAGCUAUCCUGCAGUUUAAAUCACCAGGUAACCACCAAACCAAACCAACGGUUUUAUUCUGUUGAGUCAAAAUCUACUUUAUCUGGGAUUUGAACCAUCAGCUUUCCUUUAUGGUAGUCGGAUAAAAGCCACAACUCCCAACACCUCAUAAUUUCCCCCAUGGGCCAACUAGCAAUUUAGACUGGUACGAUUAACGGUCCCAAUGGCGUGCGUACAACUAGCAUGAUAGCAGAUCGGGCAGACGGGCCAGACUGCUCAGAAUUCUAAUUCACCUACUAACAACAUUAUUUAAUCGUCCUAUCAGACCAAUAUACAGUUGAAGUCGGAAGUUUACAUACACCUUAGCCAAAUACAUUUAAACUCAGUUUUUCACAAUCCCUGACAUUUAAUCCUAGUAAAAAUUGCCUGUUUUAGGUCAGUUAGGAUUACCACUUUAUUUUAAGAAUCUGAAAUGUCCGAAUAAUAGUAGAGAGAAUGAUUUAUUUCAGCUUUUAUUUCUUUCAUCACAUUCCCAGUGGGUCAGAAGUUGACAUACACUCAAUUAGUAUUUGGUAGCAUUGCCUUUAAAUUGUUUAACUUGGGUCAAACGUGUCGGGUAGCCUUCCACAAGCUUCCCACAAUAAGUUGGGUGAAUUUUGGCCCAUUCCUCCUGACAGAGCUUGUGUAACUGAGUCAGGUUUGUAGGCCUCCUUGCUCGCACACGCUUUUUGAGUUCUGCCCACACAUUUUCUAUAGGCUUGAGGUCAGGGCUUUGUGAUGGCCACUCCAAUACCUUGACUUUGUUGUCCUUAAGCCAUUUUGCCACAACUUUGGAAGUAUGCUUGGGGUCAUUGUCCAUUUGGAAGACCCAUUUGCGACCAAGCUUUAACUUCCUGAAUGAUGUCUUGAGAUGUUGCUUCAAUAUAUCCACAUAAUCUUCCUUCCUCAUGAUGCCUUCUAUUUUGUGAAGUGCACCAGUCCCUCCUGCAGCAAAGAAACCCCACAGCAUGAUGCUGCCACCCCCGUGCUUCACGGUUGGAAUGGUGUUCUUCGGCUUGCAAGCUUCCCCUUUUUCCUCCAAACAUAACGAUGGUCAUUAUGGCCAAACAGUUCCAUUUUUGUUUCAUCAGACCAGAGGACAUUUCUCCAAAAAGUACGAUCUUUGUCCCCAUGUGCAGUUGCAAACCGUAGUCUGGCUUUUUUAUGGCGGUUUUGGAGCAGUGGCUUCUUCCUUGCUGAGCGGCCUUUCAGGUUAUGUCGAUAUAGGACUUGUUUUACUGUGGAUAUAGAUACUUUUGUACCUGUUUCCUCCAGCAUCUUCACAAGGUCCUUUGCUGUUGUUCUGGGAUUGAUUUGCACUUUUCGCACCAAAGUACGUUCAUCUCUAGGAGACAGAACGCGUCUCUUUCCUGAGCUGUAUGACAGCUGUGUGGUCCCAUGGUGUUUAUACUUGCGUACUAUUGUUUGUACAGAUGAACAUGGUACCUUCAGGCGUUUGGAAAUUGCUCCCAAGGAUGAACCAGACUUGUGGAGGUCUCCCCUUUUUUUCUGAGGUCUUGGCUGAUUUCUUUUGAUUUUCCCAUGAUGUCAAGCAAAGAGGCACUGAGUUUGAAGGUAGGCCUUGAAAUACAUCCACAGGUACACCUCCAAUUGACUCAAAUUAUGUCAAUUAGCCUAUUAGAAACUUCUAAAGCCAUGACAUCAUUUUCUGGAAUUUUCCAAGCUGUUUAAAGGCACAGUCAACUUAGUGUAUGUAAACUUCUGACCCACUGGAAUUGUGAUACAGUGAAUUAUAAGUGAAAUAAUCUGUCUGUAAACAAUUGUUGGAAAAAUUACUUGUGUCAUGCACAAAGUAGAUGUCCUAACCGACUUGCCAAAACUAUAGUUUAUUAACAAGACAUUUGUGGAGUGGUUGAAAAACAAGUUUUAAUGACUCCAACCUAAGUGUAUGUAAACGUCCGACUUCAACUGUAAUUGCGUCUUUACGGCUUAGAACAGAUACAUAUUUAUCUGUGUUUAUCUAUGUCUUGUCUCCAGUGUAAGUACACAUACUUCAAGCCUGCUGAUCGCUGUGUGGAGGAGAAGCAUGAGCUGCAGUGGCACGAUGCCACCAAACGCUUCUUCAAGUGCCCCUGUGGACAGAGAGCCAUCGCACUGGACCGCCUGCCACACAAACACUGCAGGUGAGACACACACACUACAGUUGAGAAGCACACUCUCAAACACAAUGCAGGUCACGUACUACUGCGUUCAUCAGGUAUGAUAAUGCUGCGUUCUCUAUUGCAGUAACUGUGGCCUGUUCAAAUGGGAGAGAGACGGCAUGUUGAAGGUAAGUGUCGCAUUAUAGUAGGCUUGAAGUUCAGAUGGACCCAAAGCACUUCCUUCUCCCAGCUGAUUGGUUCUUGGUUUGACUUCUACUUCCUGUUCCCUAACUGUUUCCUGUUCCUGUCCACAGGAGAAGUCGGGGCCAAAGAUAGCAGGGGAGCUGCUGCAGCCUCGAGGUGACGAACAGCCCAAGUUCCUCAACAGCAUGCUGUAGCCCUCAGUCACUGACAAUCACCUUCAUCAUUGUCUUCAUCAUUUGAAACGACUGCUGCUGGUGCCAUUGGAGUGUCUUGUGUAUAUUUAUUUGCAUGUUGUAGAGUGCUUUUUAAAUGUCCUUUUAAUGUUUUUUACGGUGGAUGUAAUUUUAAGUUGAUUAUGGAUUUUAAAUUGCUGGGUUUUGAAUGGAUUCAAUUGUAUUUCUGAGUGAGUUGUUGUUCUCUCCUGCUGGGUUUCAUGGGAAUGUGCUGAUUAAAUCGUGCUGAGUGAUUUACCAACAAUCUGCUCCUUUUUCUGACUUGGGCUCCCUGGAAGAAAUGGUGUCCUGUGCUAUAUUGUGUCCUUACAGUUUGAGGGAGUUUUUAGACACAUCCAAAAUAGUAACAUGAG